UCACACUUCUCUCUCCACUCGUCUGAUCUUUCUUUCUUUCUUCAUUUUCUCCAUCUCCAAACAGACACUUUCUUUUCUAAACAACCGACGUCAUGACCGCCCCCAUCCGCAAAGUCCUCCUCGUCGGCGCCAACGGCUCCCUCGGCAGCGACGUCCUCGACGCCCUCGUCGCCGCCGGCUCCUUCGACGUGUCCAUCCUCCAGCGCUCCAACUCGUCCUCCAAGCCCGCCCACGCCGACCGCAUCACCACGAUCCCCGUUUCCCCCGUCAUGACGCUCGACGAGCUGCAGACCGCCGUGACGGGCCAAGACGCCGUCAUCGCCGCAUUCCCCCUCAAGGACGUCACCCAGCACCUGCGCCUCGCCGAGGCCGCCUUCCACGCCGGCGUCCGUCGCUACAUCCCCGCCGACUACGGCAGCUGCGACGCCUCGCGGCCCCAGCCCCAAAAGUACCUCCAGCUCUACCGCGACAAGGACGCCGUGCAGAAGAAGUGCGCCGAGCUUGCCGCGUCUGCGUCUGCCGCUUCCAAACCCUUUACAUGGACGUCUAUCGUGUGCGGCCACUUCUUUGACUGGGCUGUCCGCCAUGAACACCUAGGUCUUGACAUUGAUGGUCGCAAGGCCCUGCUGCUGGAUGGCGGCGUGACAAAGGCUAGCAUGUCGACGAUGCCGCAGGUCGCAAAGGCCGUGGUGGCGGUGCUGCAGCGGCCCGAGGUCACGGAGAACCGGUUUGUGCAUAUCCAGGGCUUCUGUGUGACGCCGCUGGAGGUUGUUGCGGCGUUUGAGCGCGCCACGGGGGCCGUUUGGCACAAAGAGACGGUGGACUCGAAUGCCCUGCUGGAGCGCGAGUUUGAAAAGUACAAGGCCGGCGACGAUCACGCUGUGCAUGAGAUUGUUUAUGUGCUGGGUGCGGUGGACGCGGAUUGGACGACGCUGCCUACAUUUGCUAUGGACUUGUUGGGCCUUGAGGAGGAGAACUUGGAUAAGGUGGUUGCGGACCUUGUUGCUGAGCACAGUGCCAAGAAGGCGUAGAUUCACAUGGAUACGAGAAGCAAAAAAGGUGUAGAUGAGAAGACAAAAUUAAAUAUAGUAAUUACAUGAUCCUUCCGACAA